AUGGCGCAUCUUCUGGUCGCUCUGAUUAUUUCCUAUUUUUGGAAGCUAUCCCAGGCGGACAAGCAUCGACGACCCGCUCUAAAAGACUCAAGAAUUGGCGAAGACGUUUCCUGUGAAGAUGAAGAAGGCAAUGAUGAGAGCUUCGUUGCCGUAUCAUACAACACCACUGAGAGAUUGUGA